CUUUUUGUGGGUAUGAGAUAAUCAAACUAAGUUUGGAUUAUUGACUUUUGUUAAUAAAUAUAAUACAUGUAAAUAUUAAAAUUGUAUUUCAGUUGUACCGCCGCACGAUUUCCUUUAUAGUAUAUUUUUGUAACUGCCUAAGUCUAAUAACACAAUGAGCGAGUCAGAGCAAAGCAACAAGGUCAACGAAUUUGCUGGCAUAACUAAUGUAGAUUUGGAAAGAGCAAAAUUUUAUUUAGAAUCGGCCGCCUGGAGUAUGGAUGCUGCAUUGGCCAGCUUCUAUGACGAAGGUACUGACGACGAACCUCCGAGCGGUAAUGCUGGACAGUCCUCAUCGAGACCUCCAGCUGCUUCGAAUAGGGAUGUGCCAAUAGCGAGCAUAUCAAGUUAUAAACCAGUAGCAAAACCGAAAAAAUGGCAACCACAAUCUAGAAUAAUGACUUUCAGUAGUUUGAAGAAUGCUGAAUCUGAAGAUAAAGACAGUGAUGAUGAAGAAGGUCAGAGGUUCUAUGCUGGGGGAUCAAUCACAAGUGGUCAACAAGUAAUUGGGCCUCCACGCAACAAUGCUGAUGUUAUCACUGAUAUGUUUCAAACGGCACAGAAGUAUGCUAGUACUUCGGCACCCAGUGGCAGUAGUAGCUCUACACACGACAGUGGUGCAUCAAAUUUCUUUGGUACAGGUUAUAAAUUAGGCCAAACUGAAAAUGACACUGAAGUCAUUCCAUCUCCUAAUGCUACUACAAAACGUUCAUCUAAUCAAGAAGAAGUUGUUUUAAAGGUAUGGAAAGAAGGAUUCACUAUCAAUGAUGGUGAAUUGCACAGCAUCGAUCGUCCAGAGAAUAGAGAAUUUCUACUUCUAGUAGCUAGAGGAGAGGAGAUUCCACCAUUACUUUUGAAAGAGGCAAAUGUAUCUAGUGAAGAUGAACUUCAUGUUAGUGUUGAAGAUCAUAGAUAUGAAGAAUAUGUACCAUCUAAACCAAAAAAAAAAAUUUUUGGAGGAUCUGGAAAUUUGUUGGGAAGCCCUGCACCAGAUGUUGUUGGUAUUGAAGUCCCAAAAGAAGUUACUUCAGACAGUGGCGUUGCAAAUGAAGUUAACGCUCGAGCCGUAGUUCCUUUAACACCAGACGCUCCUACCACUCCAUUACAGAUAAGAUUAGUAGAUGGUACAAGAAUUGUAGCCACAUUUAACCAUAGUCAUACUAUUGGAGAUAUUCGCCGUUACAUCAUAGCUGCAAGAGCUAGCUUUGCUUCUACACCAUUUAAAUUGCAGUCAUCAUACCCUCCAAAAACAUUAGACAAUAAUGAUCAAACAUUGUCAGAAGCUGGAUUGUUGAACACUGUAAUUUUCCAACGUAUUGGUUGAAUUAUUUUAGUUUUACUUGGUUUUUUUUUGUUUUUAUUAAUUUAUAUAUUUACAUUAUUUUAUAAUGUUUUUUGGAAGCUGAAAUUUAAAAAUAAGACAGCACAUUACUUUAAUUAUUUAAAAAUAGUAAUAUUUAUUUGAUUUUGUAUAAAAUAUCCUUUAAAAAAAUAUAUGCAUAUAAUUCCUUUUUAAAUGUUACACUCGAAAAUAAAUUCAAGAAUAAUUUUUAUACAGAUUAAUCAUAUUGUUAUUUGUUGCAUGAGUAAUGGAAAAUUUUAAUUGAGAUUUCCAUAACCUCAACAGUUUACUAUUUACAAAAUUUAUUAAAUACUUAGCCAUACUUUUGU